AUGUUUUCAAAUACAAAUUCACAAUUCCAAAAUCCUCCAACAUCCCAUAAUUACAAUCAAACUGUUCCCAUAAGUAAGUCAUUUAAAUACUGUAGUCAGUCAAUCCCCAUUAGGCAAACCGGUGUAUCAACCUCAAUAACCCUUGCCUAUGGAAGCAGAGAUGAAAAUCUACAGAGGAUAUAAUCAAGAAUUCGAAUUAAAAGUUCCAAGUCCUUAACCAAUCAAAUAGGCCUCCUCCUAAAUUGUCGUGUAGAAUUAGCCUCAACAAUCAAAAGGAAAUUAGAAAGUGUCAUAUGUAACAUGUUUGGAUAUCAAUAGUUGAUAGAUUGGAUGAUGUACUUUUUACCAAUCGCCUUCAUUAUCAUUAUUUUGAUUGUUAUGUCAUGCAUGAUCGGUGCUAAGUCAAAACAUCUUAACCCAGAGGGUGCUCAUAAUACAUUAACAACCUUAAAAGAAAACUUAUCGAAAAAUCCAAUAGAAGAUAUAGUGAUAAGAGGUGAGAGAGCAUCAUCACAUAUGACAAUGUUGGAAUAUUAUGGUCAUAAAGAGGUUGGAUGUCCUGACGGAUAUCAACCAGCAUAGAUUGGGAAGUGGGAUGGAGUUAAGUCUGGUUGUUUAUGCGAAAAUGGAGAGACAAGUCAUUCCGCCACUUGUUUUUAUAAAUCAACAUGCAAGAGAGUGAAAUCUCAUGAUGCUGUGGAUCUUUAGAUUUGGCAAUCAAAGAGUUUUUGCAUAAAAACUUAUGAAGGUUGGCAACCUCUAAAUGGAGUUGAUUGUGAUGAUGGCUAUAAGAAAUGUGGGAAUCUUUGUGUGCCUAUCUCUAGAAAAUGUCCCUUGUCUAAUUUAGUGAAAGACAAUAGUAGAUUAAAUGAUGAGCAUUCAAUAAAGAUAGGCAAUGAUAAUUUCAUUAAAAAGUUUGAGGAUUCUGAAUCUGUUGUGGAUAUGUAAUUAGUUCCUGGUGCGGGCCAAAGUGAUUCUUCGCCUUGUUACAACAAUGAAUUAAAUCCAAGCUUUUAAUCUCAGAAAUAUUAUCCAUUUGCCAAAAGAGCAGAGAAAGGAUGUGAUCAGUACUUGGAUCUUCAGAAUCACAGAGUUACUUUGAAUACUUUUGAAACUCACAAGGUUUAUGAAUAGAAUGAUUUAAAUGAUCUUUUGCAUGAAUUACCAUUUUAUCAAAGUUAUCUGAGUAAUGAAGAUACAUAUGCAUUCGAAUUUAUUAAAAGAAUAAGAAUAAAUCCUAUUAAGGAAUGUCAAUAACUGAAACCGAAUUAAGUUGAAAGGAUCUCAUCCAGUAGCAACAGCAUAUACACUUCUGAGAAAUACCUUUCGUUCAUAAUAUUGUUGGUGGCAGCAAUCACUUUGUUUCUGGUGCCAAUUCUUUAUUUAAUUAGGAAUAGAGUAUGAUUAUCAUUUCUAUAUUAAGGUGUUUGAAUGGAAAGACAUGACAGAAUUCUCGUAACCAAGAUUCUUCUGUGGUCUAGCUAUUAUCAUUGCUGCACUCUGCAUAAUUCUGGGAUCAUUCUAUCUUUAUCAUGUUGAUGGAAAUGUAAUCUAUAAUAUACUUAUUUUAGAAUGGAUUGAAAGAGCAUAACCGUAUGUUCUCGUAGUAUUUAGAAAAGAAUUGCUUCUCAGAUUAGGGAUUGAUCUUAGUAUGAUAGAUUAAUUAAUUUCUAGGCUGUUGAUUAAGUUAACACUUUUGCAAAGAAUGUGUACCACUCUACGUAUAGUUAUGUGAUAUUCGCAUUUUAUGGAAGUGUUUGUUUCUUGGUGAUCCUGGUUCUAUUCAUGAUUUACUAAUUUUGUGAGCAUAAGAGUAUUUUUGAAAAUCCAUGGUUACACAGAAUCCAAAAAUAAUAUUAUGAAUUCCAUUGA